AUGUCCAUGUCCUCCGCAACACUGCGCACCUCUCUGCACUCCCUCGCGCGCCAAUGGCCCAAAGACCCUCUCCGCCCCACCCUCCAAUUCUCCGACUCGCUCCAGGCCGCCGUCGAUCGCGUAUUCGCUACCCCCACCCCAGCGGCCGAACUCGGUCAGAAGCAGAUCCUCAAGGCGCAAGAGAUGCACGACAGUUUGACGAGGUUGUUGGCCAAUGACGCUUUGAAAUCGGUUAGUUGUACCCGAUCCAUCGAGCGCGGAGCGUUCGUGCUUCGCAGGCACCCCCUCACCUCACCGACUCGAACUUCCUCGCCUUGCUUCUGACCCGACAGUAUCCCAUGACACAAAAGACACUUCAACCCGCCUCGUUCCCCAAGCACUACGCCCGCAUGCAGGACGGGAUCGCACGAGCGUCGAGGGGAGAGGUCGUCAAAGGCCAGAGCUGGCUCGAAUGGUUCAAGUGGAAGUGA